AUGCUUUCCUCGCUAUUUCGCCAAGUGCGUGGCAGACAGUACCGCGACAAUUCGCCUGUUUCUUCCUCGAACGCCCCGACCGCAAGAUCAUUAGAAGCCACUCACGAUCCUACUUUCACCAGCGCAGGAAAAAGAGAACAAAGAGAAAGGGAACAUGGAAUUGCGAAGCAUACCAUUCAAGAGGAGAGCCAAGAAUAUGCUGACGGGGAGGACGACGGUGAUAUGGCCUACCUUGCUGAAGAGGACGACGAAUAUGGAGGUCCGGGCGAUUCUGAAGACGGCCCCGACGAUACAACGCCGCUUCUUCCCAUCUUCUCCUCAGUCCACCUUGAUGCCCUGCCCGUCUUUACGCUCACUCACGCGAUUCGAAUAUUGGUGACUUCCCGCUGCGACACGGUCCUCACUUGGGACCAACUGCGGUCACCACAAGUCUCACAGUUCCUGCUCAAACCCAUUGAACAAGAAAUUCGCAGCAACCAUUUGAACGCUGCCACACACUAUGCGCUUAUGGCCAAUUGUCUGCAAUACGGCAAAGAGGCCGCUGUAUCUAUAGUCAACAGCGGCACAAAUAAAACCCGGGCAAUGGUUUGUGAGCUGCUCGCCAUCAAAUUACUCAAAGACUUUUCUACCCGGGAGUUAAUAGACGCUCUCUCUUACGACUUUGAUCCCUUGCAAGGACAGAUGGAUGCCGGCCCAGCAGUUAAUGAGGUAAAUGGAGCUAAUGGUGGUCCAAGGAAACAGGUGCCUCGGCCUGCACGAAUAUCCUGUUUCGAGAUCGCCAUCCGUGCUCAGUCAAAGCGAUUCCUGUCUCAUCCCUUAGUCGUCAAACAACUGGAGGCAAUCUGGGCCGGAAACAUCGUGUUCCAUUCUGCAGCUGACCAUUUGCAUCGCAAACUCCCGAUGGCACAACAACAAAAAGGUUAUGGGACAACCCAGACAGAUCCCUCUGGUGAGACUGGAAGCUCCCAGCCGCCUCGACGGGCGGUGACGCUGUACAACCCAUGUGAGGCUUCUUUGUUUAAGCUGUCACGUCUACGAGUACCUCGCUAUCGCAACAUCGUGUCCACAUUAUCCUUCGCCGUCCUGCUAAGUCUCUUUGUUGCCGUCCUGGUGCAACGCUCCAUCGAGAUCACAACCCUGGAGGUGAUAUUCUGGUUCUGGGCCGCCGGCUUUAUGCUGGAUGAAAUCGUGGGCUUCAACGAGCAAGGUUUCAGCCUUUACCUCGCCAGCUUCUGGAACACUUUCGACCUUGGAAUUCUCCUGAUCCUGUUGGUCCAUUUAGCUUUGCGAAUCUAUGGCAUCGUCAUGCCAGAUGUUAGAAAGCAGACAGUGGCGGCCAUGGCUUACGAUGUGCUCGCCGCCGAUGCUAUCCUGCUCUUCCCGCGCUUGUUUUCCGUCCUGGAUCACUACCGUUACUUUUCACCCCUCCUCAUAGCUUUUCGUUACAUGGCCGCGGACCUUGUGGCGGUAUCAUUACUGAUCAUCAUUGCAUGCAGCGGGUUUUUUGUCGCUCUUACCUUGUCCUUCGGCAAUGAGAAUGUUGAUACGCCGAGCUCGGUGGCCUAUGCGUUGCUCCAAAUGGUCAUGGGCUUCACUCCUGCCGCCUGGGAUCGAUGGGUCAAAUACAAUAUCCUGGGCCGGAUGAUCUUGACCUUGUUUCUGUUCAUCUGUCAUUUCCUCGUGGUCACGAUACUGAUCACUGUCCUGACCAACUCGUUCAUGGCAGUGGUACAAAAUGCCAACGAAGAACAUCAGUUCCUGUUUGCCGUCAAUACCAUCUCCCAUGUCAAGUCUGACGCCCUGUUUUCUUAUGUGGCGCCUACAAAUGUGAUCCAAUGGCUUUUGGUUCCGCUGAGAUACGUCGUCCCGUUCCGGCAGUAUGUCAGGAUCAAUCGAACGGUGAUCAAGAUUACCCACUUUCCGGUACUAUUCGCGAUCUUCUUCUACGAAAAAGCAAUCUUGCAAUCCACAGUCUUCGAUACCAUAGACCUUGUCGAACGUCGGGAACCCUCUAGGAGGAUGACCACGAGAAGACUCACACAACUCAAUCGAGCACCCUCGAUCGCUACCUUCCGGCAAGACAGGGCUUUGGAGGAAGUUUUCCGAAAACCGUACGGCAGCACUGUGCGUAGUGCACGAAACGGACGGGACCAUCGAAAGACAAGUAAUGUGGUGAACAGCUGGAUGAAGGGGAUGGGCGAUGAUAUUGCCAGUCCACCCCCGGAGCAGGACAGGCGCAUUGUUGAUAGAUUGGAGACCAGAGCAGUUGGCUGGAGGCUAUUGCGACCGCCGAACAGGAUCAGGACUUUCUCUCGUCGGACCAUGUCGGUGGCAUCCGAUCCAGAAGAGUUCGCAACCAAUGUGGAUCACCUAUCGCCAAGCCGCGUACGACCUGUGCACCACAAUCUGCGGAAUUUGGCUCUGGAAGAGGAACCCUCCGGAGCUACAGAGGCUGAUGGCGACGACGAAAUGCAGACUAUCGAGGACAUGGAUGAAUCAGAGAGCAUGUCGGACCGCGACUCAUCGGACGGAAGCGGCUCAGAGAUCCUUCAAUCCUCAAGUGCACCAAAUCCUCGCGAUCAGCUGACGACAGAGGAACCACCCACAACGCAGUUCCAGGCAGCGGGUAGCCCGGCGGGGUCUAUCAUCCAGACAAGUGCCCGCCCUCAUCAGCAUUCCCGGAAUGUGUCGAGUGCAACCAUGAUAUUCAACCCGACGGCGGAGUCGACAGCGGACAAGUCACCCUCUCUUAGGGAGAAGAGGCCAUUGUCCAGCAGAUUGAAAGCCUCGGCUCCACCUUCGGGAACACGGACACCAGUAUCCAAGCCAACAUCCGGCAAAAGUGGUCAUCGAACGCCUAAGCGGACAACAAACGGUCCGGCACGACCAUUCCUUCCGCCCAGAAACGAUGCUGCGUUCCGGUCAGCUCCCAACCUGCUUGAUUUGCGAAGCCAGCAGAGUCAUUCGCGCCACAAGACGUCACUCGAGAUGGAUCUCGUAUCGGACAUUGGGGACAACAGAGCGAUAGGCGGCGGCUAUGUUGGUGCUCUGCCAGCCUCCUUUGCCGCUCAAAUGUCUCAAAGCCUUCUGAGCGCUCAGCAUACGAAGGCUCAGUUAGAAGAGCAAGGGCUGCUGGCCAAAAUCAUGAUGGCACGAAUGAACAGUCUUGAAGAAGGAUUCAGAGACGUCAUCCAUGAAAUGCGGGAAACGUUGAGACAAGACAGUGUUAAAAGCAAGAGUCCCAGUCGCAGCAGACCGGGCAGACCGGCAGUCAAAGAAAGGAAAGGAAAGGGGAAAGAGAGCCACCAGCCACCGGCUGUGGAGGUUGAACCCGACAAGGACCAAGCCCCCAGCCCUGGGAAAAGUGGGGAGUCGGAGCCUUCAGCUGAGGCGUCACCAAAUAUUGCAACACUAGAGAAAGAUAUUGCGACCUAG